AGUCAUGUGAUGUCAAUAUCACGUGACAAAUCUGUUUUUCGUCGGAAAAAGGAGUUAAUCAGGAUGUGCUUGCAAAGAAACUCCAAUACCCAUACUGUCAUUAGAUUUGUUCUAUGAACUGUCAAGUUGGUAUUCAUUUUAACCAUGGAUGAAAGAACACCACUAAUUAAGAAUCAAGAAGUAUCAACCGGUGAUAAUGGUGUAAGCAACCGAAGAUCUCAUAAUGAUAAAACCUUCAGAAUAACUGUAAGUGUAAGCAAAGAUAGUAAGACUUGUCAAGAGUCUCAGAGUAGCCUAUGUCCUAGUCCUAUGUGACGAGCGAAUCAUUCGCUUUCGCUCUUCACAUACUCUUACUCUGAAUUACUCUUAGUACAUUAUGAUAAGGUUUGCGAUGCGCUGAAUGUGAUAUAAUUUAACUUAAUAAUUAGUCCGGUAUACAGGUACCCUGGUAAAAGUGUAGUUCAGGUGCGUAUAUUAUUUCUGUUUGAAUCUCUUAUUUUCCCGUGUAAACUUAUGUUAAUUCUUUAUAAAAAGUAUUUUAAAAGUUAUAUACCAUCUUUUUAUUGGAAUACAACAACAAUUUAACAAAUUUUACGAGAUAAAAAAGUACAUUUUUAUGAAUCUUUCGUGUUUAACGGAGACGUUGUGGUAAAUCAAAGAUAACUCUUCUGUCUUUAAAGACACUUUAUAAAAGUUGCCCAAUUGGAUGAAUCUAGUUAAAAUAAAUGAUGUAUUUAUUUUAUAACUUUACUAUCAACUAUAACCGGAGUUGCCCUGGACUGCAUUCAGAAAAAAAACAUCUGCUACGUCCUUUUAGUUCACAUUGUUACUAAACGAAAUGUCAAAAACAAAACAACACUAUAGUAAAAAAAAUAAUAAUUAAUUUGUCUCCUAUAAAAACACUUAAAAUAACUUAUGUAAACUUUUCGUUUUUCCCGUUUUCCGAUGGCACCCGGAAGGAUCAUGAUGGGAUCCCGAACCCGAUGUGAUUCCGAUAGAAUCCUGGUCAUGGUGGGAUCCCGAUCCCGGUAAGAUACCCAUCCCGGUGAGAUCUGUUUCCGGUGGUAUCCCAAACUAAAUGAGAUCCCAAUCCGGUGGGAUCCCGUUUCGGUGAGAUUCCGAUCCUGAUAGGAUUUUGAUUCAAGUGUGAUCCUGAUCCCGGUGGGAUCCCGAUCCAGUGGGUUACCGAUCCCGGUGGGAUACCGGUUACGGUGAGAUCCCAUUUCGAGUGAGAUCCCGUUUCGGGUGAUAUGCAGAUCCCGGUAAUUAUAGGGAGCUCACAUACUUGACAUACGAACCCAGCUUACAAGCCACAUUGCAAUUGUUACAAGCGCCUUAGGAGAAAUUCCAGUUGUAUUAACGUUAUUUGUUGCCCGACAAGGUGCGCGUUUAAACCAAAUGCUGCAUCAUUUAAAAUGCCUGUUGCAUCAACAAUUUUAGUUAUUGUUUCUUGGUCGUCCUGCCAUUUUAAACAACAUGAUCCUACAACCAGCAAUACCGCAAAGCCAAAACGAGUCCGUCUUAUAAUAUAAAAAAAUAAUCACUAGCCCUCACUUUACUCAGCGCAAAUCAGUCACCAUUAAUAAGAGCAUUUGCAUACGAAAAAAGAGGAGGGGUAGUCAAAUUAGAGAUGACCUAUCACGGACAGCGUAUUAGCAGCCUUCAGGAUGAGAUGACUAUCAAAAUGACCCCACGCUAUCAUUCCGAUUUCCCCCAUUUGUGCAACGUCACAAAUAUAUAUUUUUUUAAAGUGGACACGUGAUCACACAUUGGCACGUAUUCGUGCACCCUCCGCCCCCCUCCUUUUCUUUUUUCAGCUUCCCUCCAGGUCCAGGACAAUGAUGACGUGUGUGUCCACUGCCUUAGUCAGUGAUCCACUUCUAAUCCCCCCUCCCCCCCCCCCCCCCCCCCCCCCCCCUCAAAGGCCACCCCCCUUCCCCCCCCCCCCCCCGGUUGAAAAAAAAAAANGAAAAAUCUAGUAUUUCAUUCUUUUUUGUGAACAUGCUUACAGUUUGAAAAUUUCCUUUAGCAUACUAACUUAUAGGUGGCUAAUAAUCUGGCAUAGAGUGAAAAGAAAAAUACAAACAAAUGGGGCUGUCUCACUUUGGUUGGGGGAAGGUUAAAGACGCUUUAGAAGUAAAAUAAAAAGAAAAGAUGCGACUUAUAAUUCAGAAUUAGUUAACUAUAACUGCCUGUAUUUAAUUAUUAAAGAAUACACGUAAGUUUACAUGAUAAAAAAAAUUUAAAAUACGAAAUGCGUUAAGAAAUAAUAUACUCACCUGAACUGCACUUUUACCGAUACCCUUUAGAGCCCUUUACCCUUGCCCUUAAAGUUAGUGGCCUUAGCCUAGCCCUAGACUUAGACCUAGUCUUAGUAGUAGUAGUAGUAGUAGUUAGUAGUAGUAGACGUAAAACAAAUAAAAUAGAGUAGAAGAAGAGGUACAUAGAGGUAAGUAUAAGUCUUAAGUCAGGUAAGCAGUUAAGGACUGCGUUCAAGCUAUGUGAAGGAAAUAGAAGAUCAAGUAUUAGCCAUUUCAAGUUUCUACAUACCUUGUUCUUCUUACUUAGUUUAGUCUACUAUUAAAGUCUAUUUAUUUAUUUAGGCAUUUUUAUAUAGUGCUUACCAUAAAGCUCUAAGCGCUUUACAAUAGCUCUAAGCGCUUUACAAUUAUUGAAAACAUGUAAACUAAGUAAAAUAAAAAUGAGACACUAGGAUAGUAACUACUAUACUAUAGAAACAAUGAAAAUUUACAGCCCCCUGAAGUUUUCUUAUAGUUAAAAGGAGCCCAUAAUCCAAAAAUAUUUAAGUCAGGUAAGCAGUAUGACUAAUACUAAGAGUGUGGUCAUGGUCAGUGUAGAGUAGAGUAGCGUUACUGCCUUUUGCCUUUUCUCUUUACUGUUUACUCAAGUUAGCUCAAACUCAGAUUAAAUUUACUGACAUAUAAUUUUAAUUUUAAGAUCUAUUUUUGGAGUCUCAGAAUUUAGGAUUUACACUUUUAAUUAUUAGACUUAGACGAUUUAUAUUUGUUCAUUAAAUCGUAUCCCUUUAUCUCAAUUAAAUAUAGUAUAUAGCCUUGAAUAGAUUGGUGAACAGUAGUAACGAAUUAUAUGCCCAGAGACCUAAUAUUUAUAUUGAAAUUAAACAGUAUAUACUAUAUUUGUUGGAAAUUGACAAAAUGCUGAAUGUUAACUACACAUUGUUUUGCACCCCACAUUAUUUAUUGUGUUGUGACAUCAUGUUUUUAUGCCGUCUUGUCUAGUGCUCCAUGUUGGUAGUACUCCAUGUUGUUCUCCUACAUAAAAUUUAACUAACCUUGAUGGUUGCCUCUGCUUGUUUGAAUAUCUUCCUUGUGAAGUACCUUUGCAACUUAAUAUUUUCAACAAUAUUUUCUAUUUUUCAAUAGUAAAUCCACCUUUAAUUAAUGUACACUUUAACAAUUUGCAGGGAAAUGUAGUCAAUUUAUCACCUCAAGAUCAUAAUCAAGAUGGAACAGACAAUGAAAUCAUCACUAGUGACACCUUUGCUAAUAAUAGAGGAGAUAUGGAAAAGGCAAAUCAAGAUAUUAAAAUUGAACAGGAGCAUAUUCUGAAAGUUGGUUAUCAGGUUUGUGCUUGCAAAUAAAGCUUAAAAAACAUAUGGAUAUCUUAAAUAAGCUGUAAAGAAAUAAAAUGUAUUUCUGAUCAACAAAAACCAUAACAAUUCUUUAAUAGAGUAGAAUAAAAUAUGUUAUUCCAAUUUGAAGCGUAUAUGAUAAUUUUUGUGUUACAUUAGUAGUUGUAAGGCAAACUGAGUUUUAACCCCAAUAGACUGUUACUUCUCUGAUUAUUUAAAAAUUUUUAAAAUAAAUAUUAUUUUCUCAUACAUAUUUCCUGGGUCAAAAUUUAAAAUUGUCCAUAAGUUGAACUGCUUUGUGAAUAACUCUUUUAAAUGCUAUCAGGGAUGGAAUUUAAAAUGAUAAGAAGAGAAAUGUGAUUUUUAUAUUAAUUGUUCAUCUAGUCAUUAUUGGGUUUAAAAUAAACAACAAAAUACAAGUGAACUUAAAAAAUUUGAAGUUUUUGGUUAAAAGCUUUUAUUAGUAGAUCUACUUAGACAGGAAGAUCUUUUAUACAAAAGGAUAGAUAUUUCAACGAGAAAGUCACUUUUAAAUUUUUAAAAUUCAGGAUAAGCAAAUUAAAAUGUGUAAAUUGUAGUAGCAUCAUCCAAUGCUUAAUACUAGCUUUUGCUAAAUAUUAUAACUAAUAGUGAAAGCCAUUUUAUCAUUAAAAAUAAAGAUUAAGGUUAAACCAUUUAAGAUUUACUGGGGACAUUGGAUUCAGGCUGAAAACACAUCCUUCUAUUUUAUCUGCCUACAAAUGCUAUCAAGGUCUCCCAGAUGAACCUACCUCUACCUUCACCACUCAGUCUCAGUAUCUCCCAAUAUCACUUCCUUGCCCCUACCUUCAACACUAUCUCCAAGCCUCUCCCACACUGUGCUUUAUCAAUUUUCUCCACCCCACAACCUCUUAUAUUUGACACUAUUUAAGUGCAAUUUAUCUAACUCACAUAGUUUAUUGCUAUUAACUAGGGUUUAACCAGGUGUGUUUUUUUUACAACAGGUCCUGGUAUUUUGAGAAAAUACCUGGUGGGGGUCCAGGUGUUACAAAAAUUAGAGUUAACUUCUCAUUUUCUAUAAUAUGCAACGAAAUCUACUGCCUUAUUUUGUAGUGAGAGUGCAUUGCCUUCGUCAACCAUUUGUGUCACGAAAUAACCCAAUGAUAUGAACAGGCAUUUGCCGGAUCCAAAAAAUAGAGAUGACGUUGUACAUCAAAUCCAUCGACAGAGAAGAUUCUGUCGUUCAUUUUAUAACAAAGAAAUAUGAAAAAAAAGUCACAGUAUUAUGAAAAUAGCAACCUAUUUACCAGUGAUCAGAAGUUACCCAUAAAGCUCGCUGUAUCAGAAGUUACCCAUAAAGCUCGCUGUAUGAAAAAGAACACAAACAAUAACAAAACCGAAUAAAAUUUGCACCCCCUAAAGAAAAAAAAUCAAUCUAUUUACUAGAAUUCAGAGGUCGCACAUGAAGCUCGCUCUGUGACAGCCUUUUUUUUUCACUCAGGACCAUUGAAAUAAAACAUGUGGAGUUGGGGAAGCCGGCUGGUUUUGUAGAGGAAGCAGGACAAACCAGAAGCAAAGUCUAUGUAAGAGAUUCCUUAUAGUCUACAAUCCACUCACCAGAAGAAAAUUUAUAAAAAAAAAGUGGUCCUGAAAUACUGGUUGCCCCUAACAUUGUCAAUACUGUCAUACAUAAAUAAAGCAUUGGCAACCUGCUUAUUCAUUUAUGAACAAUUUCUUUUCCAAAUCUACAGAUGACUCAAAUAAAAAUCUAUAUUUUGAAAGUAAAGCUUCUCUAUAAAGACAGAAAACAAGCAGUACCAAAUUCAAAAGAAAAAAAAAAAGCGAGCGAAGAGGGUGUUGGGGGGGAUGGGGGUGUGUGCGGAUUGCGAUCAGGUGAAGAGAAAGAACAUAAAGAGCUUAAAAUAGGGAGAAACCUGAAAACAAGAAGACAAAUUGAAACUGAGGUGUCAUCAAACAGGAUAAUAAAUGAAUGACUGCGUUCAAACCAUGUGAAGAAAAUUGUAGAACAGGUAUGUGGACCCUUGAAUCGAAAGACAGGGACAAUAAGAUACAAACGUUUCACCUUCAUCAGCAGGCAGGAAAAAUGAAAAUACGACAAGAAAUAGAAACUAGUUAAAAACUUUUGUGAUCACCAUUGUUAUUGCCAGAAGUUGGAUUUUCCAAAAUCAAGAUUACAGGAAGUGAAAGAAUUUAAUAUUCUUUUACUUCCUUUUACAUAUCUAUUUUUAACCUAAUCUCACUUUACCAACUUUCAAUGGGAUCCCACAUGGAUUCAAAUGUUUACUAGGGAAUUAAUCAUAUAGGAUAUAUAGGCAUUCUCAAGCAUCGGAGUUCACUAAUAAUUGUUGAGCACCAGAUAAUGUGUUUUAUGUGCACUAUUUGUUGGAGUCCCGUAAGGCGCAUACAAUGUCAAUUCCUGCAACCGUACCCAUCCCUGGUCGUCUUGACGUAGAGUCUUGCCACUAGAUAUGGUGGGCUCGGACGAGAGAGUGAGGUUGACGCUGCGCAGCUCUUCCUCACUUUAAACAAAAGUCACCCGCGCAAGUCAUCAGUCACCAGACGACUCGAUGGUCAUCGUCGAUCCUCGACGGACGAACAACACAUUUGUUAAAACACAAGUCACAAAAAUGUAACAUUUGAAAACUGAAAAGCAAUCAUCAUGAGCUACAUGAUCUUUAAAAAAAAAUAUUAAAAAACUGUCUUCUGCUUGAGCAUAAAGUACUUUAACUUUUUCAUAUUUAUUCUUCCAGAGUCUUGACUAUGAAGUUUCAGAUAACUUAGUAUACCAAAAUGAAGAAAGAGAAAAAAGUUCGAAAAGAUGGGUAGGUUGAUUUUACAAUCACAUAUGACGAGAAUUAAGAUUUCUUAAUAGCAUUCCCUUGUUUAAGGCUGUGAAUUAUUUCCAAUACAGCAUUUAUUUUUGAGUUAGUUGUGACAUGUUAAAGAUUUGUGUCCUACCAAUAGUAAGCUUAUUUAGUAGUUUUCAAUAACAGAACCACAUGUCCUCUUUCAGAAGAAUCUUGUUUAUUUAAUAAAAUUUACUGCAUGAGACUUGCACUAUUGAAUUAUUUGCAUAAUUCUCAACAUUUCAAUCAAGAAACUGAUUUAAUAGGAAAAUUGUACUCUGUAAAUUAAAAUGUAUUUAAUGUUCACAGAAACUUUACUGGCGAGGAGUGAGAAGAUGGAUAAUCUGCUUCCUGAUUGGUGUUUUCACCGGUCUUACAGCGGGGCUUAUAGAUUUUGGUGUUGAACAAUUGUCAGGCUUAAAAUUCGAGUCCGUCUCAAAAAGUAUCCUUUUAUUACACGAAUAAAUGAAAGUAUCAAAAGACUAGACAUUAAUUUUUAAAAAUUAAUAUUUGAAGGUUCUUGUGAGACUGAGUGAACAAAAUUGAAAUGUUUAUUUACAAUUAAUUUAUGUUAAAAUGUCAUAUAAAAUCCUUAAAACAAUCAAAAGCAGGCAUCUUGUGAAUUCCUCAUAUAAUAUGGAAAUAAGUAUUUUCUGUUGCAAGUUGUCUUAGCCUAGGAGUCAGUAUUUAUUUAUUUUUUAAAAACAGUAUAUAAAUGACGCAAAUUCCUGAUGUGGAUAAUUAUUUACUGUUUUUUAAUAUUCAUUUUUGAUUAAGCCGAACGGAAUAAUGUUUAAAAAUGAAUGAUUUAUAAUUUUCUUUAAUGCCUGCAUCAGUGGUGGAUCGCUGCGUUAUUUUAAACUGUAUGUAUACACCACAGAUUGUGUGGUUUUCAUUCAACAUGGGUCUAGUCUUAAUUGGAUCUCUUCUCACGACAUAUGUUGAGGUAAAUGUUUUACUUUACAAUAGGAAAAAAGAAAUUGUUUAUACAUUCUGAUAAAUUGCAUCUCUUGUUACAAAUAAGUUGAUGCUUUGCUAAUUAUUUAUAACAACAAAUUUGAAAACAUAAAAAAACAAAAAUUAUAGCUGUGGUUAAAGCAAUUAUAAAAGUAUAAUUAAAUUUUGUUUUUUAUGAAAUUACAAAGAUUAAUUUUUAAAAACAUAAUGUUUUUAAUGAAAAACCUGUGCAUAUUAGUAUUUUUAGCAUGAUUUAUUAGAGAAAGUGUAAUUCAUUUCUCUGUAGCCUGUGUCAGCGGGCAGUGGCAUCCCUCAAAUUAAGUGUUACCUCAAUGGUGUUAUUGUGCCUCAUGUUGUCCGGCUGAAGACACUGAUCACAAAGGUCAUAGGGGUGAUGUGUGCUGUGGCGGGGGGUCUUGCAGUUGGAAAGGUAUUGUAUGCUUCAGUAUCUACAAUAUAAUUCGUGUUAUAUUUUAUACUGUUUUGGCCUACACUGUUUUGACAAAAUUUCCAUGUCAAGCUUAAUUGUUUUGCUUUUUAAAAAUUUCUUAUCUAUUUAUCUCUCACAUACCAGUUAAGUUCUAUUUUCAUUAAAAAAAUAAUUUGCAUAGUUUAAGUAAUGGUUGUUUUAUCAAUUAACAAACUGAAUUUCAUAAUAACUCUGCAGUGUUCUUUGAUUGAUAUUGUCAUUUUUAAAGAUCUAUAGGGUGUAUCUUGAAUGCUGUUUUCAGAUUUGUACACCAGAAAAUAGAAUAGGCUGUGAUCAGUUUUCUGAAAUUAGCAAAGCACUAGUCAAUAUACCUGGCUUUGCUUGGGGUUGUAUUUUAAAAAAAACAACUUCUAAAGCGUUAUAAGAGUACACAUAAAUUUAGGGCCCUAUCAAAAACACUUAAUAAAGUACCAAUUAAAAUUUAUUUUUACUUCUAUGACAAAAAAAAGAUUGAUAAUUUUUCUUGUAUACAUUGAAUUUGGGGCCCAGCCCAUUUCAGUUAAUAUUCAAGCUGGGAACAGCCAAGAAACCCUAAUUUAAAGACAAAUCUAACCUUUUAACGAUGUCUUAUUAAAAAAAUUUAUUCACCAACGCCAAAGAUGUUGCCUUUUAAAUGUUUACUAUUGGGGCCGCUGGUGCCUUAGUCUUUUAAUAUUUACAGCAGUAAGUAUUUUAGGUUGGACAACGAACAAACUUUAUUUAAAAAAUUGUUCCAUUAAAAGAUAAAAGUGUUUCAUUUAAAUAUAAUUGGGCGCCAUCCAGCACAAAAAGAUGUGGAUAAAAUUAUUAGUUUGAAAUCCACCAAUAUUUUAAUAUUAAUUAUGAAUUGGCCUAGAUACAACAAUUUACAUAGAAGCUUGCAUUGUAACAUAAUCUUCUCAUUUAGCUUGGCUAUUAUAAGGAAAAUACAUUGUAGAACCUUCUACACUCAUUUGGAACUUUCUAGAAACUUCAAAAAUAUCUUUAAAUAUGAUUUCAUAACAUUUGAGGAAAAUCAUAGAGACUUAUAGCAAUAUAAGAAACGUAAAACGAAAAUAUUUGUAAUCUCAAAACCCUUAUUAAAAAAUCGAACAUUUUAGAAUAAAUUAGAAACUUCAAGAAACUUUAAAAAAAGAUUUUUUUAACGGAUACUUGUUAAAUUCCUAGGAAAGUAUAUAAUCUAAAAAACUAAAUGUAAAUUUAAAUAUACUUUUAGAUUCCAUUGAGAUUUUUAUAAUUUUUAUAUCCUCUUGUAAGAAUAUAGAACUUCCUGGAAAAUUCUCUCUCUUUUUUUUAAAAACCUUCAAAUAAUUUUUUUCAAAUUACUCUUUUAUGUUAUCAUUAUUUCAAGACUAGAACAUCUAAAACAAAAUGCAGUAAUUCUACAAGUUUUCCAUUCAAUUUAAAAUAAGGGAACUAGUAGGAACCCGUUCUAUAAGGUGACAUUUAAUGGUUGCUGUCCAUUGUUUGGUUUUCUUGUGAUUAAUUGACCCAUUAACAGACAAACAUAGUUACACUGAGCCUUAUAACGUAGUUUAACCAUCAAGCCUCAAAUUUCUUUUCCUCACCACAGGAAGGUCCAAUGAUCCACUCAGGUGCUGUCAUUGCUGCAGGUGUUUCCCAAGGGAGAACCACUUCCCUAGGCUGGGACUUUAAGGUAAAACUAUUACAAUUAUUGAAACAUCUCAAGCCCUGAAUUGUAUAAGCAUGAAUUUUUUAUUUUCUCAUAAAUAUAUAUAUUCUAUAAGAAUAAUCUAAUUUCACCAUAUAAUGGUGAGUUCAAUAGCACACAAAAUAAAAUACCCUAUAACUGCAAAAAAAUGCAUGUAAAUUUGUAUUCAAUAGCCACACAAGAUAAAAUUCAAUUUCAAGUCAGAUUCUUAAAAGCACAAAGUCACAUUUGAAAAAUAUUUUUGAAUCCAUUUAAAUCUGAUAAAAUAAAUAUGUAAGUAUAUGUAAUAUUUAUUUAGUAGAUAUUAUAAUAAAAGAAUUAUAAAUAAAUUUAAUGUAAUAUUUAAAGAAAUGUUUUAUGUAUUUCAUCAAAGUGUGAGAGUUAAGGUACUGUAUAAAAUGAGAUAUGAUAAUUCUUUACAAUUAUAUAAUUUUUUCUUAUAGUGCUUUAGUCUUGAGCAGGCCUGCACAAAGUACGGCCCACCAGCACGCACUUGCGGCCCGCGAAGUAACGAACUAUUCUUUAUUUCUAUUAUUUUCUUAAUAGCUUUCCCCCGUCCUAUUUUCAUUUAGCCCGCAAAGUCCUGUCCUAUUUUCUAUUGGCCCGCACAAGUUUUUCAUAAAGUAUUACGGCCCACCUCACAUUUUGAGUUUUGCAGGCCUGGUCUUGAGUAUCAGAAGGGAAACUCCAAAAAAGGACACGACUGUUUUUUCCCCUCUUUUUUCCCCCUUUUGAGACAUCUGUGCCAAUUUAUCAGCCAAAAGAGUCAAAUUGAGAAAAAGACAAAAGGCAGAUCCAUCUGCCCAACAAUACAAGCCUUGAGAUUGACUGGCUGGCUGGUCUUCGUACCACAAAUCAGUUUGCUUCUUGCAUUUCUUUCUCAUCUCACCAUUUUAAGGGUGGCUUCCAUUGAUAGUUUACGGUUUCUGUCAUUUUAAAUGAAUUUCUUUUGUACCUAGUGACGCCUAUAAAUGCCAAAAAAAUAUAUGACUGUGAAAUAUACCAAAAGGAAUAUUUUAUGCAAUUUUUCACAUUGCAUCUCAUUCAAAUGUUUGUUAAAAUAAAGCAGAAAAUUAAAACAAUUUCUGCAAGCAAGACAUGUUAAUUCUAAGUUACAAAAAGUUGCUUGCAUGAAUUAUGUGAAUCAUGGUAUUUCAUUUGCAUAAAUGUUGAGGUUUCAGUUUGAUUCAUAAAGAUCAUAUUAGUUCAUUCAAUUUCCUACAAGAAUAUAUAUAGUUUUAUAUUUGUAAAUUAAUUACUUUAUUUUUAAAGAAAUUUUUGCAAAUUAAGUGAAAUCUUGGCACAGGAAGUCCAAAAAAUGCUCCAUCUCAAGAGGAUUAAAUAAAUGCAAUAGCUUGCUUUUAAAUUGUUAACUAAUUGUUUAACACACCAUGUCAAAUUUAAGCUUUGCAUCUUUAAUAUUUAAAAAGUUUUGAUCAUAAUAUUUCUCUCCAAAAGUUUGCAUUUAUAAAAUCUAUGAAGAAAGAAAAAAAUUUAAAGUUUAAAAAAUAUUUAGCUAGGAACUUUGCGACAUUAUUUUACUAGCAAGAAAUUAUCUGCUGUACCAUUUUAACUUUUGAUCCCAAUAUAUACUGUACUCUUGUGUUCUUCUGAAGCCAGUUGCAAAUUAUAUGUGUUGCUUAACAUUUUUAAACUAAAUAAAAUGUGAGAUUCGCAGAGUCUUCUACCUCAUUUUGUACCAUGGUAGAACUGUGCUGACGAUACAGCUGAUGGGAAGCAUUCCAAGCAUCUAAUAAAAAAACUCAAGGUCUUUUCAGUUUUUUUAGCAAAAACCAUGUUACUUCCAUGGCUGUAUCUGUGCAGUCUUUCUGCAAUUUUUUUAGCUUCAUUUCCCAUGACUAAUGAAACUUUUACUACUUUGUUUUUUUGUACUCUCCUCCUCAUCAGAUUUUCCAAGAAUUCCGAAGUGAUACAGAGAAACGUGACUUUGUGUCUGCUGGUGCUGCAGCUGGUGUGUCUGCUGCUUUUGGUGCCCCUGUAGGGGGUGUACUGUUCAGUUUAGAAGAAGGAGCCUCUUUUUGGAAUCAGUCUCUUGUCUGGAGGAUAGUAAGUGAAAUGUUGAAAGAACACAGAACAAUAAUUAUUGAAUUUAACUUCAGUAAAAAAAAAAAUUUUUUUGUGAGCCCUCUUUCAUUAUUGGAGUAAAAAAAAAAUAUUCAAAAUGUUUUUGUCCUGAUAUUAUUUUUAGAAGCUGUAAAUAUAGUGUGAUGUAAAAUUGUAAUAUUAAAACAUUUUUACUCUGAAUUGGAAAUGUAAAUCGGUAAGGCAUAAUAUCACUCCUAUUUGUGAUAUUAAUUGAAUUAUUCAGUUUAAAAUAGUAAAAUUGUAUAUAAAAAGCUUCAUUUUAGUUUCAUUAAUAAUAUAACAUGUCUUUUUCAGUUUUUUGCCUCAAUGAUAUCUACAAUGACCUUGAACAUUGUACAAAGUUAUAUAAAGGGUCAUCCUUGGGAGCUCUCAUAUGCUGGUCUCAUCAACUUUGGAACUUUCGAUGUAAGUGUAUUGAAAGAUAAUUUAAGUCUUGUGUUAAUAAUUUAACAUAAAUUGUUCAAGGCCUUGAAAUUAUGUGUUUUAAAUUGUAUUAAUUAUUUGAACCUAUGCAAUUUUUUGAACUGAAAAAUACACCUUAUGGCUAUAGUCAUGGAACUUUCCUCAUAAAAUUGCUACUUCAAGCUGUCUAAUGGCAGUUAACAGCAUAAGGAAAAACUUAAAUGGCAACGAAAUCAGAUCAUGCUAUUUUUUAAUUUCAUGUUUUCAGUUUAAACUAAGAACUUAAAUGGUGAGUAACACUUUGACUUGAGAUCUAAUAAUACAGCUCGUAAUUUUGAAAAUAAAUAUUUACUUUUUACAACAAAAACUUGCUCAUUUCCAUUUUUUCCCCUCAGAAUGUCAGUUACUCCCAUUCGUUUGAGCUAUUUAUUGUUGUGUGUAUGGGAGCUAUUGGUAAGUUGAUAGAACUUUUGACUACAAAUGUCCAUAUACUUGUGUAUAAAGGAGCUUAAUGAAAUUGCUGUAAGGAAAGAAUUACGUUUGAGUAUAUUUAUUGACCAAUGAAAUCUUAUAGUUUAUCCAUUGAUGUUUUUAUGGUUAACUUUCACCAAGUGAAAAUCUUUGAAGCAUAAUUUCAUACUUUACAUCGAGCUUGUUUUUAGAUAUCUAAUUUUUUUAGACAUCCCAUGGAUGUCCUUAAAAUUAACUAGUGUAACAAUAAAUCCUGCUUACAUAAUCUGUUUAUAUAAAUUUGUAAUAAAUUAGAUUUGUCUUUGUCCAAUUACAUAACAUUUAUAACUUUCCUCACCAGGUGGCCUGCUUGGUGCUUUGUUCAAUCAACUCAACUUGAAGCUUACCAUGUUCAGAAUGAGGUUGGAUAUUUAUUAUAUGAUUUUGCACUAGUGCAACAACAAUUAAUAAUUUUUUUUGUCUGAUUUAAUAUUAAUAUAAUAUAUCUUAUUUAUAUGAGAAGAAGUUUCAUCAAGCUGGGUCCAAAUACUCUAAAACUGGUACCAUAUUAACUUCCCAGAUAGGCGUCCUUGUCAUUAUUUAUAGACUUCAAUAAAAGCUUUAAUUUAUUUCCUCCACGUGCACAUAGGUUUUGAAUAUUUAUGAAGAUAAGAUGAGGCAUUUCAGCUCAUGAACUUUGUACUUAAAAAUGUUAAGUGAUAGACCUGCUUGUUCAUUAUUUCACCAGGUUUGUUCAGAAGAAGUGGCAGAAAGUUCUGGAGACAAUGAUGGUGGCCAUGUACACUGCUGCAUUUGCCUACAUCCUGAUCUUCUACAGAAAUGACUGCAAACCCAUAGAGGAUGAUACCGAGUCAACUCUUGUACAGGUAGGUUUGGAUGUUGUUUUGUAUGUGCAUCACACACACAUGCUAAUCAUCUUUAGCCUUAGUUUAAUAGGAAUGUAAUUAAAUUUCAUGCAGCUGAAGGAUUGUAUUUUUUUAACAAACCACCCCCCCCCAAAAAAAAAAAAAAAAAAAAAAAAAUUUCUUUUAAGGACAUAUGCUUUUUAUGAAUCGUAAAAUAAUUAAGUUUUUAGCCUCAUAAAAAAAGUUUAUUUCAUUUUCUUUAAAAAUAAUGUAUUUCUUAAGUAAAAUUUACAGAAUAGUUUCUGGUACAAAAUUGUGUACAUUACUGAAGUUAAUGCAUUAAGAAGCUGUAAAUAUAGUAUAUGCAGCUCUUUUAUAUAAACGUAUAUGGGACUUUUCUUGAAAAGUUAUUAUUUAUUUUCCUUAUUUGUUUUCAAAGGCCAAGGCUGUGAUGAGUUAUUUCUUUAGACUUUUAAAAUUUGAAUAUAAACCAUAUAGAUGUUCUUUUUUUUAAAAAAAAAAAGGCUUCUGAUUAACACAUUUUUGGGGAGGCUUGGCUUUUGCCUGUUUAAAAUUAAGAUAAGUUUUACCAAUUAAAGAGAACUCCUCUCUAUUUUAUUUUUCAGUUUUUCUGUAAAGAUGGAGAGUACAGCUCAUCGGCAAGACUUUUCUUUGAUACUCCUGAAGCCACUGUCAAGCACUUGUUUCACAAUGAGCCAGGUGAGCUUUGAAGGUUAGACGUUCUAAAAAACAAAAAUGUUUUGAUACUGCUUCUUUAAAAGCUAAUUAAAGUUUACAUAUAUUUAGCAGCUGACAAAAGUUAAAGUUUAAGAUUUGAGACAAAAGGCAAGCAUUUCACUUUAAUUUUAACAUAAUUUGUGCUGGUGUAAAAGAAAGAAAGCCCAAUGGGAGGUACUUUUAACAUUCAGACAUUUUUAUUAAAAUCUUGAAUAUACUUUAUUAGAUGUAUUAAAAAUAUUGAUCUUUAUUGAAAAGAUUAUAAAUUUGUAUGAUUUCACUAGGUACCUACCAGAUUAUUACACUUUCCAUAUUUGCCAGUGGCUAUUUUCUUUUGGCCUGUUGGACAUAUGGCUUGAGUAUUCCCAGUGGCCUGUUUAUACCAAGUCUUCUAAUAGGAGCAGCGUGGGGGAGGAUUGUUGGAAUAUUGCUGUCUAUGCCUAAGGGGAAUGAAGUGAGUUCAAUUAUUCUAUAUUAAAAGCAUAUGGAUUCAAGUAAACAUUUUAUAUGAAUAUAAAGGAAAAAAAAAAAGGUAUUGCUAAAAACAAAUGUUGAUACUGAGAUUGUAUAUGGAUGCUUUUCAAAUAUCUGGCCCUCCACAAGAAUCGAUGAUUCAUUUCUCCUCUCAUCACACAAAAUGAAAUUGGCAUCCAAUACAAUUCAACAAAAAACUAAUUUUAUAAAAUAAAGAAAUAGUAUCUGUUUCUCAUUUUAUCAACAUACUAGCUAAAACCCGUAAAAAAUGACGGCCAUCCGAAGGGGAACUAACCCUAGGCAACACACUGUUCGCCCAAGUGGGUCCCGUGUCUGAAGCCUGUUCACCCACUUUUUGUCACAUCAUUUAUUUUUAGAAAGAAAAGUUUAUUUCACAUGCAUAUGCAACACAAAUUCGCUUGCUGUCUGCUGCACCUUUGGGGAAUUUAUUUUUUCGCGUUAUUGAAAAGAUUGAGAAAUCGAUCUUAUACAUAACAAAUUAUAUUUUAAUUGACCAACAUUACCAUAUGAAUGACCUGUUAAUCCAAAUGACAUAUGAUCUCUUAUUGCUGAAAUUCUACCUAAUUUGCUUCUGUUUUUCACAUAAUGAUAAAAAAAAUUUAACUUUCAUAACAAAGCUCUUUGAAUAAUGUUACCUUAUUUAAUGUUUGUAGAUAUUGAUAUGCAGAUAUUGAUUUGCAGAUAUUGAUUUGCAAAUAUUCAUUUGCAGAUAUUGAUUUGCUUGGUCAGUAAAUAAAAAUUUCAACAUCAUAAUGUUGAAGUUCUUAGAGUUGAAAUUUUAAAAGUUAUUUUAAAUGAUUGCAAAAUUAUAAGUUCCUCACAGCCCUCCUCAAAAAUGAAAAAAAUAAAAACUACAUGCCAAUGAAAGACUUCAAAAUGUUCUUUUCCUCACAGCAAUGGGUCUCUUUGUCUUUCUAUUCUUUGGUUGGAGCCUCAUCCAUGCUUGGUAAGUGGAACAAUUUCAUUUGUAAAUAAUAACAUCUUGGCCGUGCACCAAGUUUGGACUCAAGUGGCAUGAACUGUGUCAAGCACGUGUGCCUUGUCUUAUCUCAAUGGACCACUUAACAUUUUAGCUGCAAUAUAUAGUUGGGCAUUCCUGGAGGGUCUGUCUUUUUCCCGGGGGUUGGUACUUAUUGUCAAUGCCUUUUUUCAAUUACUUGUCAACAGAAAGCAACACCUGUAAUGUAUAUGUCUGUGUUCCUUUUUAUAUCAAAUGAAGCCCUACUAAUUCAAACAUCUAUUCUAAUUAUAAAUCUUUCAGCCCUCUUGAGCCCACUGGUGCUUUAAGCAACAUCAAAUUAUCUGGUCUUCCUUUAAUAUAUAUAUAUAAGCCUUGACAUUUUACAUUCACCCUUAAGUAUAUAAUAAAUCUACACCAAAUCCAGUUAAUAUUUUGCUUACUGAGAUAAAAGAAAAACUAAUUUAAAACAAUGGAAGAAGUUACUUAGGUUCUAAAAAAUUUUUGGUGUGUAUAAUUGUUUUUAGAAAUUUUUAAAUUAUUAUUAUGGUUAUUAUUGUAACUUAAAUGUAAGUUAAUUAUAAAAAUGAACUUAAUAGAGAUGGAAUUGUAAUGUAAGUUUAAUUUAAUUAAAAGAAUGAACUUAAUACAGGUGGUAUUGUAAGAAUGACCAUCAGUUUGACUGUGAUAAUCAUGGAAGCCACGUCCAGUGUUCCUCUUGGUCUCCCAGUGAUGGUGUCUCUCAUUGUGGCCAAAUGGGUUGGAGAUCAGUUCAAUGAGGUGAGCAACGAUACAGGUUGUCAUUUGUCAAAGGCGCCAUUUUCAGUUCACUUAUUGGUAAUGACAAUCACUGUGCUAGUUUGCUUAAUAGCCAGCUAUGAAACAUGUAUAGAUAUAGAAUUAGUGUUUCAAAUUUUACCACUUAUCGUGCUCACACUACCCCACUUAUCAUUGUCCCAUUAUCUCACUAACCAGUUCCUCACCACUCUACUUAUCAUGGUCCCACUACCCCAACUUAUCAUCUCUCACUACCUCACUUAUCAUGGUCCCACUACAAUUUCUGUCAGUGUAUUUGGCACCAUUUUAACCUGAUUUUUAUGUCCUGCAUGAUUUGAAAGGGCCAUGGGAAUGUGACCUCUGUGACCUCCUCAACAUUCUCUUUGUGCUUUAAAUUCUCUUAGCUGUAUGAGCAUUGUGACCUCCUCAACAUUCUCUUUGUGCUUCAAAUUCUCUUAGCUGUAUGAGCACUGUGACUUCUGUGACCUCCUCAACAUUCUCUUUGUGCUUUAAAUUCUCUUAGCUGUAUGAGCACUGUGACUUCUGUGACCUCCUCAACAUUCUCUUUGUGCUUAAAUUCUCUUAGCUGUAUGAGCACUGUGACUUCUGUGACCUCCUCAACAUUCUCUUUGUGCUUUAAAUUCUCUUAGCUGUAUGAGCACUGUGACUUCUGUGACCUCCUCAACAUUCUCUUUGUGCUUCAAAUUCUCUUAGCUGUAUGAGCACUGUGACCUCUGUGAUCUCUGUGGUAUCUAAAAACAUGUUGCAUGUUUCAACGUUCUAUUUUAAAAAUGUUCAUCAGCUCAGAAUGUGUAUCUCAAUGCUGAAAAUAAGUAUGUACAAGGUAAUCAAAGCCCAUUAACAUGAAUUUUAUUUGGAUCAAUAAAAUCAUCCUAUGUGAUCUCAGAUGUUUUAAUCUUAUCUCCAGGGCAUUUAUGAUCUUCAUAUACAUCUGCAAGGUGUUCCUAUCCUGGGCUGGGAACCAUUGCCCAUGUCCACCAACUUGAGUGCCAAGUGAGUUUGACAUAUAACCAAGUUUAUAGAUUGACAUGGCAUGGUUAUGUUACCAAGUUUAUGGAAGAAAAUGACUUCUCUACUUCAACCCAGUAAUCACUAAAAUUAUGAAUAGUUAAAACUUCAACCCAGUCCUUAUCAAACUUGGAAUGAGAAUUUUCAUAGUUCACAUCUUUGAGCCCCUGGAGGACCUACACAGCUUACAGCAUCUUGAAUUGUGAUGCAUUUAAUCCUAUUGAAUAACCCUAGAGUAGCUAAUCUAUGGCUGUCCAUAAAACUUCAUUAUCGCUGAUUAAUCUCCUCUAUCUCCAGAGCUGUGAUGAGCCAUCCUGUGACAGUGUUAAGGAUGAAUGAACCAGUAGAAAGAAUUGUCAAAAUCUUGAAAGAGGAGUCACAUAAUGGUUUCCCAGUUGUUGAAGAGUAUGAUCCUGAUCAUCCCAUUGUAAGAUUUUCUCAUUAUUUUAAUUAAAUUAUCUUUUUAGUAGACAUUUAUUGUGAAAGUAGGUCAAAUCUUUAGUCAAUUCUUAAUGUGUUCUUUAAAAUAGGUUUUUAACCCUCGAACUGUGGCAUGCAACAUUCUGUGGUGUGGAGCUUUUCAGAGCUUUUUGGGUGCCUUUUGAAAUUGCAUUAAAUGACAUAGAAAUAUUGAUGCAAGACCCCAAUAAUUAUAUAUUUUUAGAAACGUAAAUGGAUGGGGAUAAAGUUGGCUAUAUUGACCACCCUGUAAAAAAAUUUUAGCUCAGCAUCCUUGACCUUGGAGUGCUCAAGAAAAUAAAAAUUGACAAAAUGUCUUGCUUUCAAGUGCUCAAAACAUCAUUAAUUUUUAUAGGUACACUUAAAACACAAAUCUAAAUGUUGUAGCCAAUUCAUUUAUCUUUCAGAAAAUGUAUAGUUGGCUAUGGUUUUGAUUACAAUUGAACCCCUGAAAGCAAUAAUAGUAAUUUUUGGUCAUUUAUAUAAGAAACUGGGACCACAGCUAAAACCAAGUAAAAAAUACAAAAUUUCAGGCAAAAUAGUUAGUAUUAGCUAGUAAACAUUUAAAAAGGAACUGUGGAACUGAUUUGGGUUGUUAAACUAUAAAAUUUAUUAGUUCUGAUCUAUAAUCUGAAGCUUCUGUGACUAAAAUUCAGUCAGUCCUUGCCCAACCUCCGGGCCUGGCUCGAAGUCAAACAGUAGCCUCAGUAGGCCUACUUUAGUGUCACUAAGACUAGUAUCAGAUUCACGAAAAGCAGAAUCUGAAGUGAGAUGUCAUGGGAAAUGUUAAAAUCAUCGUCAGUAUCACUUAAAUCCUCUCCUAAAAAGGUUUCAUAAAUAUUUAUAUUAGUUCUUGCACUGAAGGCCCGGCCAUAGCUUUCGCCAUUUUAGCUUUAAAAACACAGCGAUAUAAAAUUCCGAUUAAAAAGUACUUAUUGUUAAGUUAUCAAGAAACAGCUUGACGCGGAAGUUGAUUUAAUUAUUAAUAAAAGGAAGUAGCUAUGAUUUCUGUUUAAUAUUGGAUUGGAAGUUGCUAUCGGACCGUGUCUUUUAUCAGCCAAUAUUUUCGGCCGCCCCAGCACAGAACGAGAAUAUCGGCCGAUUUCGUCAGCCGACCACAGUUCGAGGGUUAAUACUGUUGAAGCAAAAAUUCCUUUAUUAAAAUUUUUGUUAAACAUUUAAAAUAUAUAUUUUUGUUAAAUGUUCGAAUGUGAUACGUGAUCUCUUUGCUUUAAGAAAACAUAUUUGGGAAAGGAAAAUUGUUUUACUUAAGGACUUUGAUUGAUACAAACUUGAACAUUCAUGUUCAGGUCAUGUUCUGUAACUUUCCCAUUGAAUAGGUUGUUGAUGGCCUUGACACAUUUGGGACAUUUAAAGGUUUGAUUCUGAGAAGUCAGCUUAUAAUGAUGCUUAAAAAGAAGGUUAGUCAACUGUGAUUUUCAAUAGGGUUGUUAAAAAUGAUUUCCACUUCCUUUAACUGAGUAUGAGCUUUUAAAAAAAAGUGUCAGAGCUCUGCUCAGUGAUUGUUUGAGAGGGUCACAUUAUCAAUUUUAUGGAUGCCUGCUAAACUCUUAUAUUAAAGCAAGUGUGACCAAAAAUAUCACUGCCCACUUAGUCAGAGAAGAACAAGAAUGGCUGCACAUUAUAUUUUCAACCAUCUUUGUAAUUUCUUUAUUUUUCAGCUGUUUGUUGAAAACCCAGACAUUAAUAACAUUGUAAAUAACUUGAAGAUGGCCGAGUUUAAUGAGUCCUAUCCCCGAUACACACCUAUACAGGUAUUAUAUGUGCCCCAAGCUGGGUUCUUUACAGAAUUUUAAAAAAUUGGGAACCUUAAUAAAUUUUAUGUUAGAAUGCAGUCAUGUUUAAUGUGUUACCUCCAUUUUAUUUAAGUGAGCACUUAUGUUUUAUAAUUAUUUUCAAAAUUUAAUGGGAUAUGUUGUAAAAAAAAAUUUGACGAGCCACAAUAUAUUACAUCAUGUACCAUAAAAAUGUUAAUCAUUCAUAAUUUUAGUGAUUACUGGUACAUAUUGUAUCAUUUUGAUAUUGUAUUAUAUUUGUUAAAAUGUUCACUGUACAGAGAAUCAGUAUAUCUCCUGAGGAGAAAAGCUUUCAUAUGAAUUUGGCACCUUUCAUCAAUCAAUCCCAUUAUGUUGUUCUUGAGGUAAGAAAUCAAUGAUAUUUUCAUCAAUAGAAUUUUUUUUUUAAAUGAAAGCUUCUUCCAAUAAUUUUUCAUUCAUAUUUUUUUUAUGUUUGAAAUUUUUACAUAGUCUUAAACAUUCAUAAUGAUAUUAUUGAUUUGUUUUGGUGUUUGAGAAUUUGAACGUGAAAUAGCCACCAAUGAAAAUGGACGCUGCCGUCAGUUACAACGUCUAAUUCUUAUUCAUUUGUUUUGAUAUUUAUGCAAGUCGCCAGCAAUGUUUUAAAAUAUAAUUAUUCAUACAUUUUUAAAGCAUUUAAAAAUGGCAAUGUAUUUAUUUUAACUUUUAAACUUCUCAGAGUUCUUCAUACUCCAGCAUCUUUAAAAAGUUUCGAUCUCUUGGCCUCCGUCACAUGGUGGUUAUCAACUUUAGGAAUCAAGUUAUAGGAAUCGUGACACGUAAAGAUUUGGCUCGUUAUAUGACAGAAUGCAAGAAUGGGGAGAUAACCAUACAGGAAAAAAAAAUCAUUCACUAACAUUAGCUCAUUUGUACAAAAAAUGUUUGGAAAUGUGUAAGGCUGCAAUUUUGUAUUAUUUAUUUCUUGUAUGGAUCCUUUCUUUUAUCGAGGUCCUAUUAUGUGUAGGCCCUGUUAUGUGGAGGUCUUACUGCAUAAACCACUGGAUUUCAAAAGAUCAAAAUAUAAGUUUUACAUGCCAGUUCAUGCAGUUAUUUUAAUUGGUAUUGACAUUUUUUUAUUUACAUCAGCAUAUGUUUAGAAGGGUACUUACUUUGUACAGUUUACUUACCAGGCAAAUCAGCACAUGCAAUGCAAAUGUAAUUAGUUUGGAUUUAACACAAUGAAUAAAAACAUUGUAAUGUUCUUAUUUAAAAAUUUUAAUAAGUAAAUAUUCCUGACAUUAAAUAAGAAUUUGUAUGGUAUGGGGAAAAUCUUGCCUCUUGUUCAAUAAUAACUAAAAACUCAAAAGAACAAUUUUUCCAUAACCCGUAAUUGAAAUUUUUCUAAAUGCAAGAAUUGGAAUCCAAACCCCAUAUUUUUAAAUUGUAUAUAACUAAAAGAUUGGGACAGAAAACUUUUAACAUUAGUAUUUAACUUUUGAAUCUGGGAAAAUGUUGCUGUACUGAUAACUAUUUUUAAUGAAGCUUUUGUUCCUAAUUUUUGAAUUAAUGUAUUUUUAUGUAGACAGCAAAAGAUAUGAUUACAUUUUUUUUCCUAUAAUUUAAACUGUGAAAAAAAUUUCUUUUAUCUUUCAUAUAUAUUUCAAACUUUAUAUUAUCAAAUUGAAUUUUAACAUUAGAAUUUUAAACCUCAUGGUUCUUAACUGCACCAAUGUUAAAAAACAAUGUGUGCUAUUUUGCAUACUUUUUAAACUUCUGGAUAUAAAAAUAUAUGCAUGUUUUAAAAUAAAACAUAUCAAAGUACAAAGGCAGAAAUGUAUAGCUGAAGAAUUUAUAGGAGGAUUACAUGAUGAUUGAAAAAAUGCUCAUUGGAACUUCUUCUGUCCACUUGUACCGAGCAGGUGUCAUGGGGACAAUAAUCUUGCAAUAACAAAUUUUUUCCACAAAAAAAUUAUUUUUUAUAAAAUGUUUCAGAAGGUUAUUUAAUGAUUAUAAAAGGUUGAAAUUCAAAAUGUAGUAAAAACUAAAACAAAAACAAAAAUAUUUUUUUUCAAAGAAUGAAUUAUCUGGGAACUUUUAAAAAAAAUUAAGGCACUAGGUAAAAUUUAACCUACUAAGGUUAAAUUAUUUUUAUUUAAAAGUAGGGCCUUAAAUGAUUUAUUCUUUUACCUUUUGUAAUCGCAAUCUUAAAAACACGUAUUGGUUGAUUAUACAGUUUUAAUGCACAAACUGUAAUUAACACAAAAUCUGCAACUAAUGCUGUAACUUAAUUUGCGUACAUAAUUUGUUUUCCUGUAAAAUUGAAAUAUUCUAGUCCAUAGUUGGUUAUCAUUGAUCAACAUUCCUUUUAUAAAAAAGCUAUAUAGGGAUAAUUUUUGAAUAAUUAAAUUUAUAUUUACUUCAUCUUUCUAUUUUUACAAAAGAAGUAUGGAAACUGAAAUACUCCGUCACACCGAUAUCUUUUAUGACCAAUAACAUUGAAAAAAAAUGAUAAUUUUACUUAUUAUGAGUUAUAAAUGCUCAUCAUUUAAUUUGCCUACAAUCAUUGUUAUGAUAAUUACAAAAAUGAAAAGAAAUGCAUGAGAGAUGGAUACCUCUUAAGAUAUUAAAGUCAUGUUCUUUUGUGUUCAAUGGCUUUAACGACAAGCUGCUGUGAUAUGGUUCCUAUAUUUAUGCAUUUAAGUUUUAAAUAAAAAGUCACUUUUAAACACUUCAAGAUUUCAUUCAAAGACCUAAAGAAAAAAAAAUAAAAUGUAAGAAACACAAGAAACUGUAUUUAUGUUAUUAUUCAGGUAAAAUUUAGCUAUGACAUUUAGUAAGAAUUUCAAACAUAUUUAAGUGAUGAAAAUUUUCUUUAGCUGAAUCAUAGGGAAUGUCUCAAAAGAAAAAAAAAACUGAUGUCUAUUUCCAUAGGGGGAAUCGCCCAAUUGCAGAUUUCACAAUAGAUAAUCACAGUAAAGAGCAAGUAGGAACAUAUAAAUACCUAGGUGUCACCAUUAAGAAUUAGCUGACAUGACAUGAAAAUGGCCCAAAUUUUAAAAUAAAUCUUAAAAAAUUGUACAAUUUCGGCACAAACAAGUAAAUUUAUUCUACAGCUCAACAGUUGGAAACCUACUAAACUUCAGUAUUACCCGCUGGUGUGGGAAUUCACUGUCAGACUUCAAACACCGAUUAAAUAGAUUAAUCAAGAAAGAUAGUCAUACGACACACACAAAAAAAAAACAUCCUUCACUUGAAUAACUAUUAAAAUACAAAUGCUGUUGUAAAACUAAAAAUUGGGGAUGAUUUAUCCCAUCCUCUUCAUCACAGAUACCCAAGCUCGAUCAGGGUGAAUUCUUGCUAUUAAAGUUAGGACUGAAAGGUAUAAAACUUAUUUGGUUCCCCAGUCUUUACAAAUUUACCAGUGCAGUGGGCUCCCAAAUGGUGACCAAAUCUAAAUGAUCACUAAUUAAAUCAUUAGUGUCACUAAAAUAGUUCACUUAUGGCUGGUUUCUAUGCUAGAGAAAUACUUUAGUUAGUAUUUUGUUUAAAUUGUUAUAUUUGUAAAAUGCUGUCUUGGUUUAAAUAUGUAUUUAUUUAUGUGCUGAGAUCAAAUAUGUACAAUGUAAUAAAAAAAAACAUUUCCAUUUAUUUGAUCAACAAAGAAUAUUAUCUUAUCGUAUCCUAUAUUAUACCAAACUGACAGGUAUAAAGAUUUUUUUAUCCUGC